CAUAAACCUCACUGCCAUUAAUCAAAGUUAAAAAUAUAGUUUGUGGAUUUCCAGUUCAUUAUUUUGUCACGAGUGCACGUCCUUAAACAGAAAAAAACUCCUCGUCUGAACAGGUUCUCCGAGCAGUCUGGCCUUGUAUUUCGCAUAGACACUGAACAAUAACGUGUCGGCGAGUGAAAGAGAGAGCGUAUUGAAAAUGGCCGCUUCUACAAGCAGCGAGCUGUGACGAGGUGAACGUUUCUCUGCCGUGUUCACGGAAGAGCUCUUCGCGCUGUCAGACGUAGUUGGACACUGGGGAAACACGCGUGGAGGUUACACUGCUGUAUCUUCUGUGACUGUUCCCGACAUCGGCACCAGUGCCACCCUAGAACUUGAUCUACCCGUGCCUUGAUCAGCUGCCAUAUUCUUGUUGUACAGAUCCAGCCGUCAUGCAUUCGUGUCGUCACUGCCAGCGCUGAGUGCAACAUCGCCGACAUCCAGAUAUAUAACAGAACGUACUGCAAGCAAUAAACAAUAUGUCUGCUGACGUGUUAGAACGGAAGGCCUACUUUGUGGGAGUAUGGAGGGGAGACGUGGUCUCGGACAACAUCAUCCGUCAACUCAGAGUCAAAUCAGAGGCCGAUAAAGGCAAGAAGGUGAAGAUCCGAUUGUCCAAAGAUGGUGUCCAGAUCAGGAAACCCGCAAUGUUCCAGUCAUCGUCCUUGUUUGAUACUUACCGAAUGGCGGACAUAUUCUUCAUGACAGUCAAUCAACAGAACAGAUCGUGUCUUUUGUGCAUUGUCCGUGAUGUAAAGCAUAAAUACGCAAUCUUAGCGUUCAGGUGCUCAUCCGACCUUGAUGCGGGACUAUUCGUGCAACAUUUCAAGUCUUGGAAAAGCCGAAGUAGGGGAGGCGACUAUGAGAUGAAGCGCAAGCAGGAUGGGAACUGGACACUCCGCAACCGUAGUGCCCCUCCUACUCGACAGCUUCUUCAGAUUCCUAACGGUAAACCCGCACACCUGCCCGUCAAUGGCGACGUGAGACACGUCAAUCACGCCCCGAUGAAUGAUAUUACCUUGCUUCCUGACCCUGAAGGUGUGACCAAGGAGGAGGUGUUCCUCAAAGGUCGUCCGCAGCAUAACAUCGGCAUCCAGACCAAGUCCAAUGACAUUGACAUGGACCAGAUGUCAGAAGUCUCAGAUGUGUCCGCUUUCAAGGAUGAACUAGAGUCUCUCUCCCAGGAGCUCCGAGAGAUCAAGUUCCUUCUGGAAAAGUCCACCGGUAUCAGUGUUGAAGAACACUUCCGUCGGGCCAGAGAGGGAGAGGAAAAUAAUAACAACGAUACAAAAGUCUCGACUGUAAGCAGUUCCCCAGAAGGUAUGGCUAGGGUGUAUGUGUCCAACAGAGAACCGCCCAAAAUGGUUCCAAAGCUUUCUCUCCCUACAGACAACGAAGACGAAGUGUUCAGUGAUGAGCCAGAUUAUAGGAGCUUUGGCGUCCAGACGGUUCCAGGGCAGGCAUCCCGUCACCCUUACAUCAAGACAUCUGAGGUUGCUAGUGUGUUAAAGAGAGAGUUCAGUAGUAGCCAUCUUGAGGACAAGACGCCUCGCGUCAUGGCAGUCCCGUCACCUGCUGGUGACAAAUCACAUCAGUCGGUCAAACAGAAUGGCAUCAGCGUACCGACCAAUGGGGUUGCCGAUGGACAUGCUUCUGCGAAAAACAGUGUGCGGGUGAAGUUUGAUUCCAGGUCUAUGAGAAUAGCUCAUGAUCAGAAGUCGAGGUCAAUGAGACUCAGUUCGGACUUCAUGGUGCCAUCAACGGUUCCGAAACCAAUUGAGAAGACUUACGCCAGACCCACGAUUCUUCGACCUGGGCAUGUGUAUGACUCUCACCGCUAUCACCACCCCCGGAGAAACAGGCCACAAAGCCUGUACAUUAUGUCGGGGGCACAGCCUCUCAAGGUUCAGAACCCCAAGCAAACAUAUGAGGCUCAGUUUUGAUCCUGAUUGGUAUUAAGGUCCGCGUGGUUGGCCUACAUUAAGCAUUCAUUUAUUAGGUAUCAAAUUGAGUAUUUGUUAUUCGGAGAUUUUUUCCAACAUAUAUGAUGAGAAAGAUUUGUGGUUUGGAACCUUUCAAUGUGUCUGAGCGGAUGGUGAAUCGAAGGAAAGGGGUUUAAGAACGCCGUGUUCUGAACUGAUGGAACACAAAGAAUUAGAUAUAACGUUUUAUGAACAUUCGGAGUGAGUAUAUAGUGGUUCUUAAGAUGUUCGCCAAACAGUAUAGGGACUUGAAAGCCCCAGCUGUUCCGGAUUAGAAACUCACCCUUCCUCCAGAUUACACCCGAACAAACCAAGAAAUCAAAACAAAAAAACACAUAAAAAGUGAUGAGCAGUGUCCUAUGCAUGGAUCUUGAGUUGUGACAAAUCUGUCUGAACAGCACAGUGUCUGUGUGGGAGUAUUGAUGCCACACUGCGACCGACCAGUAUCGAGGUGUUUGUGACAUACAUGUGUGCUAUGUUAAGUGUGUCGUGAAUAAUACAGAGUGUCGUGGAUAUGCGAUGUUCCGUGAUUUCUGUGACAUUGACAAGUUAUCUGACAAACUCUUCGACAAGUUCUUUGACAAGUUCUUUAACAUGUUUUUCGACACGAUCUUUACCAAGUUCAUUGACAAGUUCUUUGACAAGUUCUUUAACUAGUUUUUUGACAUGUUCUUCGACAAGUUAUCUGACACGAUCUUUGACAAGCUCUUUGACAAUUUCUUUGACAGGUUCUUCGAUAAGCUCUUUGACAAGUUCUUUAACAUAUUCUUCGACAAGUUCUUUGACAUGUUCUUCGACAAGUUACCUGACACGAUCUUUGACAAGCUCUUUGACAAGUUUUUUGACAAGUUAUCCGACAUGUUCUUCGACGAGAUUUCUGACAAGUUCUCUCUGCUGUUGAACAAAUGUUUGAAAUGUUUAUAUUCACUUAACAUUUACUUACGAGUCUAUUUACAAGUGUACAGGGAACCCACCCAUAUAUACUCGGAGGGUUAAAAGAUGUUAGUUCUGACGUGGCGAGUGAGCUGUAGUGACGGGAUGAGUGUAGCUUCAUCGUGACCAUACACAUGUUUGACAUAAAGUGUACUUGUACAUAAACAUGUACAGUGGAAUUUCCUUAGCUAUAGUCUAGAACCCGAGGGCCAAUUGUUCUUGACACUUGCUAACCUGGAUAUGGUACGUCUCGGUGUGAUGGAGUUUCACUGUAAGUAAGCAUUAAUCGUAAUAUUGAUGUUAACAGCAUUAUAAAGCCAAGUCAGGAGUAUUGGACUAUUGUACUAACUCACACGUUGACACUUGAUGAAUUAUAGACAUACCACAAAUAGAAACUAAUUCUACAUUGUAUCUCUAUUAUGAUAUAAAGAAUGAAUAAUUAAAA